AUGUCUUCCGCCGCUGCCUCUCCCGCUCUCUGCCUGCACAAGCCUCGCUAUCCGUUUGCCCCUCAGGGAGAUUCCUCUCCCGUCAGUCUCUCGCGUAGCUCCUCGCCUCGUUCCUCCGAGUGUUCCUCGCCCGACGGUUCCCGGUCGACCAGUCGCCGCCGUCCGUCGGUUGGUUCGAUCAAAGAAGACGUUGACGGCAUUGCGCAGUCCUUUGUGGACACGCACCCCGAAGAAGAACAGCAAACCUCCAAAGAACCGCAAAAGCCCGCCGUCGCCGACAUGCAGCCUACCCCCGACUUCUGCUGCCCCUGCGGCGGCUUCCUGGGCUGGAAGCAGAUCCGACUGGGUGGAAAGAGCCUGAGCCGAAGCUACAGUGACCUCCGCCAGCUGGGUCAGAUGCAUGCGCGUGGCUGGGCCUGGGAGGCCACUCCGCCGGCCAGCAACCCUCCGCCCACCAAGACGCUGGAGGUGGAGCAGGUGGUCGUGGAGGAAGAGAAGCCGGUUCCCGGCACUUCUCUUCUGGAGAAGCUUCCUCCGGAGGUGCUCGACCAAAUUAUCUCCAAGCUGGCGUUGGACGUCCCGCCCAAUGGGUACACCCCUCGCAAUGUCGACCUGAUUGCCUGUCUUCUAGCUUCGCGCACGUUGCACGCGGCCACCCUCGCCGUGUUGUACCGAAACAUGACGUUCCCGCACUCGAUCAUCUUUUCCAAGGCUCUCAACCACAUGUCCCAGUAUCCGGCUUUGGGAACGCUGGUUCGUCGCCUCGAUUUCUCGCACUUCACCUCCGUCGGCCUGGGACGGACCAAGCAGAUGAACGCCGAGAUUCAGAAUUUGACCGCCACGACGCUCUUGAAAUGCCUGGAUCUGCUGCCCAACCUGAAGGAAUGUCUGCUGCAGGAGCACGUGGAGGGCGAUAUCAGCGUCGAAGUGAUGCAGAAGCUGUUCACCGGCCUGCCUAAUCUCUUUGCGCUCGAUCUCUGCGGUUGUUCGACGCAGUCGUUCUCCGCGGUCUUCCAGCAGUCGCUCUUCAGUCUCCCCUUGACCAUGCCGAAUCUGAGGCGCAUCUCGAUGCACGAAUGUAGCAGCCUUCCCGCCUCCGCCUUCGAGACCCUUCUUCCUCGCCUGGUGAACCUGACGCACCUGGAUGUCACGCACACGCAGAUCAACGAGGCGGCUCUCUUUUCCAUCCCCGAAACCGCUCGCAUUACGCACCUGAGUCUUUCCCGCACCAUUCGUCUGAGGGGCGCCAAGGCGGUCGAGUUUCUGACGACUCACCCGGCCGUUACCGACUCGCUGGUGUUCCUGAACCUGAUGACCGAUCCUACGCGCUACCGACUCCUGGAGGAAGAGGAUGUCAGCGCGCUGCUCCCGAAAUUGCCGUCUACGCUGCGUUCCCUGAACAUCGGAGGGGCCAAGGUCACAUCGGCUCACACUCAAGCCCUCAUCCCCUUGACCAAGCAUCUGGAAGAAUUGGGCUUGGGAUCGGCGGAGUUGUCCGCACAGGACUUGAACGCUUUCUUCACUCCCGCCCCGCGGCCGGAUGGCGAUAUAGCGGUUGAAUCCGUGGAGACUUGGGUUCCCCCAUCCCUGUGCUACCUAGACCUCACGAAGGCUUCUCAGUUGACGUUGGGAACCGUUUUCAACACGAGCUCCUGCCUCUUACUUUCGCAGCAGAGCUACCCGCUUCAGGUGAUUGAAUUCCACGAAAAGCUGAUUGCCCCGCUGCGCGAGAGAACCAAAACCGCCAAAUCCACCGGGUGGACCGUUCGAGAGCUCGGCCGCCGAGGAUGGUACGUCCGGGACCCUGCAUCGAUGACGAACGAGACGCCGGACGACGGCGCUCGGACCUGGAAAAUGGGGGCCAGGUGGUGGGGAAUGAGAAAGAUCCCCGUGGCCGUUGGUGAUGUAGGCGGAAUCUACGGACACUACAUGUUCAAGAAAUGA